UAUUAUUAACAAAAAAAGGAAUUUCUAAUAAGGAAAAAUCAUGUUCAUGUAUCGUUCGUUAAUAUCAAGACAAAUGCGCGCGAAUUUAUUUCGAUCCAUCGAUAAAUUAUAUUACAAUGGUGAUCAUGGUAAUGUUCGUCUGGCAAGAUUAAUUUCAAAUUAUUCUUCGAAAAAACAAAUACAUUUGAAUGAACAAAAUACGCAUAAUAAUAUUGUAAACAGUCCGUGCUCUAAUAUACACGGAUACGAAAAUGUAUUGUUACACGAAAUAGUUUGGCAGAAUAUGGAUAAGUGGUCGAAUAAAACUGCAAUAGAAUGUGCAAUCACUGGCAAAUCGUAUAAUUAUCAGCAACUGAGAAAACAUGUAGAUCGAUUGGCAAUGUCGUUACGUAAAGCAAAACUUUUGCAGUACGAUACCGCAGCUAUUAUUUUGCCUAAUAUUCCCGAAUAUGUUAUCAUUAUACUAGCUGCUAUUGAAGCUGGCCUUCGUAUAACAACAAUGAAUCCUAUGUGGACCGGCACUGAAAUAAUGAAACAAAUUCGAGAUUCCGAAACUUCGGCGAUCUUCACCAAUCCUUUGAUAUAUCCUACUAUAAAAAAAAGUAUUGAAAAUAAUUCAAAAAUCAAAUUACCAAUUAUAGUAGUUAACGAUGGUAGUGGAUCGAUACCUUCGGGUACGAUAAAUUUGAAUGAUUUAAUGAAAGAAGGUAUCGAAGAAUUUUCGAAAAAUCAAAAAACUGGUGUCAAUCCCGAGGAUGACAUUUUUUUACUAUAUUCUAGUGGUACCACUGGGUUACCUAAAGGUGUACAAUUAACGCACAGGAACAUUGUUGCAAAUUUACUUCAAAUAAGUUCUCCAGAAGUUUCAAUUGGUAUAAGUACUACUGAAACGACACAGGAUACUGUACCAAUGGUACUACCUUUCUUUCAUAUAUAUGCCUUAGUUCCUCUUAUUUGUAAUUAUUUAAGAAUAGGCGCCAAAUUAGUGUGUCUACCGCAAUUUUCAAUAAAAGAUUAUAUAAAAAUCCUUGAAAAUUAUAAGCCGACAUUGUUAUACUUGGUACCACCGAUUAUACAAAUGAUGGUUAAUAAUGAACAAAUUACAUCAAGGCAUGUUGAACAUGUAAGGAUGAUUAUAUCAGGAGCUGCACCACUGGGGAUAGAUACUAUUAGUAAAUUUCAUGAACGUGUCAGCGACAAAGUGCAAUUUGUGCAAGGGUACGGUAUGACUGAAACCAGUCCAGUAGUAACACUAAGUAAAACUGCUCCUGCCAAUUCAGUAGGUUUUCCUGUGUCUAACACACAAUUACGUUUUGUCAAAUACAAAGAUGAUGAAAGUAUCAACGUAGGACCAAAUGAAAUUGGAGAAAUCUAUGUUAAGGGACCUCAAGUAAUGAAAGGUUACUAUAAAAAUCCUCAAGCAACUCAAGAUACUAUGGAUGGUGAUUGGAUAAAAACUGGAGAUGUAGGAAAAUAUGAUGAAUUAGGAUACAUCUACAUUGAAGGACGCUCCAAAGAAUUGAUCAAAGUAAAAGGUUUUCAAGUAGCACCUGCAGAAUUGGAGAAUAUUAUUAGCAAUUUAGACGGUAUCGCUGACGUUGCUGUAAUUGGUGUUCCUCACGACAAAUAUGGCGAAAUUCCAAAAGCUUUUAUAGUACCGAAAAAAGGAGUUACCGUUAAUCCAGAAGACGUAAAAAGUUUUGUUGCUAAACACGUUUCCAAUUACAAACAAAUAGGACAUGUACAGUUCAUCAACGAAAUUCCUAAAAGUCCAGCUGGGAAAAUUUUAAGAAAAAAACUACAGAAUAUGUGAUUUCUACGUAUUGAAUAGACAGAGGCAUAAAUUUUUUUAAAUUCAAAUUCAC